AUGAGGCUCUCCUCGUCGUUCGGCAGCGUCCUUCCGGCUCUGCCGGGCUCGCCGGAAGCUGUGGAGGAGCACAAGUGCCUGAACUCAGAGCUGUGGCAUGCCUGUGCCGGCCCGCUUGUUUCCUUGCCCGCAGUGGGUAGCCCGGUUGUGUACUUCCCUCAGGGCCACAGCGAGCAGGUAGCAGCGUCCACAAACACGGAAAUGGAGUCCCAGAUCCCCAAUUAUCCUAAUUUGCUGCCACAGCUUAUAUGCCAACUGCAUAAUGUGACGAUAUAUGCUGAUGCAGAGACAGAUGAGGUAUAUGCACAGAUGACAUUGCAACCACUCAACCCGCAAGAACUGAAGGACCUAUAUUUACAUGCAGAAUUAGGUUCGGCCAAUAAACAGCCAACAAACUAUUUCUGCAAAACAUUAACAGCAAGUGACACAAGAAACAUUAGUUGUGGGUUCUCUGUUCCCUGUCGAGCAGCUAGGAAAGUGUUUCCUCCACUGGAUUUCACCCAGCAACCUCCAUGCCAGGAGUUGAUGGCAAAAGAUCUUCAUGGCAAUGACAAUGAGUGGAAAUUCCGUCACAUCUUUCGUGGUCAGCCAAAGCGGCAUCUUCUAACUACAGGUUUGUCUUUGAAUGACAAUAACCAGCUUCUGCUGGGAAUUCGUUGGGCAAAUCGGCCACAAACUGUCAUGCCGUCUUCUGUCUUAUGCAUGCAUACCGGUCUUCUUGCUGCAGCUGCUCAUGCUGCUUCGACAAAUAGCUGGUUUACAAUUUUCUACAACCCAAGGGCAAGCCCUUCAGAGUUUGUCAUACCGCUUGCAAAGUAUGUUAAGGACUUAAGGCUGUUCAUAGGUGGUAUUAGCAGUCUAACCAGAUCAAAUACAUUCAAUUCCAGAUACAUGGGGACAAUUACGGGAAUCGGUGAUCUUGAUUCUGUUCGGUGGCCAAAUUCACACUGGCGUUCUGUUAAGGUUGUCUGGGAUGACUCAACUGCUGGUGAGAGACAGCCAAGGGUGUCACAAUGGGAGAUUGAGCCCCUGACAACUUUCCCAAUGUAUCCAUCUCCUUCUCCGCUCAGGCUCAAGCGUCUACGGCCUGCAUGGUAUGAGGUGCAGUUAUGUGGGAAGGAUGAUGACCUGGCUCACUCUCUCUUGUGGCUUCGAGAUACCGCAAACCCUGGUCUUCAGUCGUUAAAUUUUGGUGGAUUUGGUAUGAACCCUUGGAUGCAGCCAAGGCUGGAUGCUUCAUUACUUGGUCUGCAACCUGACUUGUAUCAGGCGAUGGCCACAGCUGCUUUUCAGGAUCCAACAAAGCAGGCAUUACCCACAAUGCUGCAGUUCCAGCAGCAACAGAACAUAGUUGGUCGGGCCACGCCACUUCUUUCAAGUCAGAUUCGGGGUCAAUCUGAGUUCCUCAAACAGCAGAUCCAACGCAGCCAGUCAUUCAAUGAGCAGAAGCCCCAGCUGCAACCUCAGCAACAACAACAAGAAUCACAGCAGCCGCAGCAAUCACAGUGUCUGCAAGUUCAUCAACAUCAACAAAUGCAACAACAGAACAUGACCAACUACCAGUCUGUAUCUAAUGCAUUAUCAGCGUUUUCUCAGCUGUCGUCAGCCUCUCAGUCUUCACCUAUGGCACUGCAAACUAUAUUACCAUUCUCACAGGCACAGAGAUUUACAGACACAAAUGUAAGCUCAUUGUGCUCUUCACGGUUGCCUCUGGACAGCAUAACGGAGGAUGCGCCAUGGACUUCAAGAGGAAAAAGCUUGCGCCUCGUGUGA